AAAAAAUUCCUUGAGACAAAAAUGAAAACACACUAUACCAAAUCUUACAGAUGUAGCAAAAGCAGUUCUAAGAGGAAAGCGUAUGUAUAGUGAUAAAUGUCUACCUUAAGAAAAAAAAGAUUUCAAAUAAACAACCUAACUUUACACCUCAAAGAACUAGAAAAAAAAAAACUAAGCCUAAAAGUUAGUAGAAGGAAGGAAAUAACAAAGAUCAGAGCAGAAAUAAAUGAAAUAAGAGACCAGAAAGUCAAUAGAAAAGGUCAAUGAAACUAAGAUCUGAUUUUUUUUAAAACAUAAACAUGGAGAGUUGGAAAGAUGGCGGAGGAAGAGCCAAGAAAAAAGAUCCCUUUGGUUCCAGAAAAUCUCCUGAAAAAGAGGAAGGCUUAUCAGGCCCUGAAAGCCACCCAGGCAAAGCAGGCGCUUUUGCAAAGGAAGGAGCAGAGGAAAGGAAAAGAGAUCAAGUUUAAGCGACUAGAAUGGUUCCUACAUGAUUCCUGGCAGCAACUACGUGACAAGGUGCGACUCAGACGACUAGAAGUGAAACCUCAUGGCUUGGAAGUGCUAGAUAAACAUUCCUUGGCCUUUGUUUUACGCAUCGAAAGGAUUAAUGGGGUGAGUUUACUGGUGCAGAGGACCAUUGCAAGACUUCGCCUGAAUAAGAUUUUCAGUGGUGUCUUUAUGCAAGUAACUCCUCAAACCAUAAAAACGCUUCGUAUAGUGGAACCUUAUGUGACCUGGGGAUUUCCAAAUUUGAAGUCAGUUCGGGAACUCAUCUUGAAACGUGGACAAGCCAAGGUCAAGAAUAAAAUCAUCCCUUUGACAGACAACACAGUGAUUGAGGAGCACCUGGGGAAGUUUGGUGUAAUUUGCUUGGAAGACCUCAUUCACGAAAUUGCCUUUCUGGGGAAGAAUUUUCAGGUGAUCUCAGGGUUCUUGCGCCCUUUCCAACUCUCAGUGGCCCGUCACGCUACCAAGAAUAGAGUGGGCUUCCUCAAGGAAGUGGGCUCACCUGGCUAUCGAGGUGAAUGCAUCAAUCAGCUUAUCCAGUAGCUGAACUAAACCCAGCAUAUCUGAAAGCACAGUGCCUUGGAAGCAUGUGUUUUUGUUUUAUGGAAUUGUUACCCAGUAUCUUCAAGCAAGAUUAUUUUCUGCUGUAUCUUCAGAAACUGGAGGGAAAGGGUCAGGGAAAAGAUGGUGAUGUUCAGGGCAGGCACUUUUCAUCCCACUUCAGUUCCAAGAAAAAGUUCCUGUGUGUUUUCUGCAAAGACCGCCGUCCACCUCUGAAACCAGCAAAGGACUUGUGUCAUGGAGGAGGGAGUCCUGUUUUAUCACACCUAUCCUGGGACUUCAUGUUGGUGAACGAGCAAAUACCCACAUAUGAAUACAAGACAGCAGUGGACCAGGCCCAGGGGCAUAUUGAACCUGGGGUAUCCAAGGGCCUUGUUUUAGAAAGAACUUGAAAUACAAUUAGAAAGAAGCGCACAAAAACAAAAACAAAAACGAACAAACAAAAAAACAUAAACAUGGACACACAUUUAGCUAGACGAAGAAUUAGAGAGGACUCAAAUAAAUAGAAAUGAAAGAAGAUAUUCCAACUGUACCACAGAAAUACAAAGCAUCAUAAGAGAUUACUAUGAACAAUUGUAUGUUAACAAAUUUUAUAACCUUGAAUAAAUGGAUAAAUCCCUGGCACAUAUAACCUACCAAGAUGGAAUCAUGAAGUAAUAGAAAAUCUGAACAGACUAACGAGUAGGAGAUUGAAUCAGUAUCAAAAACCUCCCAACAAAGAAAAGCCCAGGACCUACAGUCUUUACUGGUGAAUUCUACUAAAUAUAUAAAGAAUAAUUAAUACCAACCCUUCUCAAACUUUCAAAAUAUUGAAGAUCAGGGAACACUUUCAAACUUAUUUUAUGAGAUCAGCAUUACACUGAUACCAAAGCCUUGCUGGACACUACAAGAAAAGAAAAACUACAGGCCAAUAUCCCUAAAGGAUAUAUGAAUAUGAACCAAGGAUGGUUCAUUCAACAUGCUCUAAUCAAUCAAUGAGAUGCAUCACAUUAACAGAAUGAAGGGUAAAAAUCAUAGAAUCAUCUCAAUACGUGCAGAAAAAGAAUUUGACAAAAUUCAACGUCCUUUCAUGAUUAAAAACUCUCAAUAAUAAGGCAUAGAAAUAAUGUACCUCAACAUAAUAAAGGCCAUACAUGACAAGCCUACAGCUAACAUCAUACUCAACAGUGAAAAUCUGAAAGCUUUUUCUGUAACAUCAGAAAAAAGACAGGAAUUUCCACUCUCACCACUUCUAUUCAACAUAGUACUAGCUAGAGUAAUUAGGCAACAAAAAGAAAUAAAAGGUAUCCAAGUUCUUAAAGAAGAAGUAAAAAUGUCUGUUUACAAAUGACAUGAUUCUAUAUAUAGAAAACCCUAGACUCCACCAAAAAAAAAAAAGUUAGAACUAAUACAUGAAUUCAAUGAGGUUGAAGGAUACAAAAUCAAUAUACAAAAAUCAGUUGCUUUUCUAUAUGUUAACAAAUUAUCAGAAAUAGAAAUUUAAAAAACAAUUCUAUUUACAAUAGCAUUAAAAACAAUAUUUAAGAAUAAAUUUAACCAAGAAGAUGAAAGAUAUAUAUGCUGAAAGCUAUAAGACAGUGAUGUAAAAAUUGAGGGAGACACAAAUGAGUGGAAGGAUAGCCCAUGUUUAUGGACUGGAAGAAUUAAUAUUGUUAAAAUGUCCAUACCACCAAAGACAAUCUGCAGAUUCAGUGCAAUCCCUAUCAAAAUUCCAAUGGCAUUUUUCACAGAAAUAGAAAAAACAAUCCUAAAAUUUGCUUGGAAUCAUAAAAGAAUCUGAAUAGCCAAAGCAGUCUUGAGGAAGAAGAACAAAGUUGGAGGCAUCACAAUUCCUGAUUUCAAAGUACUGUAUUACAAAUCUAUAGUAGACACAGACCAAUGGAACAGAUUUGAGAGCCUUUUAUAAACCUUGAUUUUGUCAAGAGUGCCAAGAAUACUUAAUGGGAAAAGGAUAGUCUCUUCAAUAAUGGUGUUUGGAAAACUGGAUAUCUACAUGCAAGAGAAUCAAACUGGACCCCUAUUUUAUAACAUUCACAAAAGUUAACUCAAAAUGGAUAAAAGACUUAGAAUGUAAGACCUGAAACUGUAAAACUCCUAGAGGAAAACAUAGGUAAAAAGCUCCUUGAUGUUGGUCUUAGCAAUGAUUAUUUUAUAUGACACCCAAAACCUCAGGCAACAAAGCAAAAGUAGACACCUGGGACUACAUCAAAUUAAACAGUGUCUGUACAGCAAAGGAAACAAAAUGAAAAGGCAACCUAUAGAAUGGUAGAAAAUAUUUGUAAACAAUAUAUCUGAUGGGUUAAUAUCCAAAAUAUAUAAAGAACUUGUGCAACUCAAUAGCAAAGAAACAAAUAAUUCAAUUUUAAAAUGGGCAGAAUAGACAUUUUUCCAGAGCAGACAUACAAAUGGCCAACAGGUACACAAAAAGUGCUCAGCAUCACUAAUCACCAGGGAAAUGCAAAUCAAAACUACAAUGAGAUAUCACCUCACACCUGCUAAGAUGGCUUUUAUUAAAAAGACAACAGAUAACAAGUGUUGUCCAGGCUGUGGAGAAAUUGUGCACUGUUGGUAGGAAUGUAAGCUGGUACAGCCAUUAUGGAAAUCAGUAUAGAGGUUCCUCAAAAAAAUUUAAAAUAGAGCCGUAUGAUCCAACAAUCCCACAUUUGGGAAUAUAUCUGAAGUAAGUGAAAUCAGACUCUCAAAGAGAUAUUUGCACUCCUAUGUUUAUUGUAGCAUUAUUCACAAUAGCCAAGAUAUAAAAGCAAACUAAAUGUAAGGAAGAUGUGAAAGAAAAUACACAUACACAAAAAACAUUAUUCAGCCAUGAGAAAAAAGAAAAUCCUGCCAUUUGCAACAGCAUGUGUGAAACUAGAGGACGUUAUGCUAAGUGAAAUUAGGCAAAGAAAGAUAAAUACCACAUGAUCUCACUUAUCUGUGGAAUUAAAAAAAAAAUUAAACUCAGAGAAUAGAAUGGUGGUUACUAGGGGCUGGGGAGUGAAGGAGAUGGGAAGAUUCCAGUCAAAGGGUACAACAAGUCUUCAGUUGUAAGAUGGAUAAGCUCUGGGAAUCUAAUGUACAGCAUGGUGACUAUAGUUAAUGUGUGUGUACUCUAGAUUUUUGAAGAGUAGACCUUAGGCAUUGUCUCUACAAAAAACAGUGAUUGUGAGGAGAUGGAUGUAUUAAAUAACCUGAUUUCACACAGUAUACUAUGUCAAAUCAUCAUGUGGUACCCUGUUAAUAGAUACAAUUUUAUUGGUCAGUUAUUCCUCAGUAAAGCUGAGAAAAUAUUGAGAACAUUUUCAUCAUCUCAAAACCCUUGAUACCAAUUAGCUAUCAUCCCCUAUCUUCCCAUCCCUUCCCCAACCCCAGCCCUAAACAACCACUGAUCUACUUUCUAUCUGUACCGAUUUCUCUAUUCUGGACUUUCAUAUGAAUGGAAUCAUAACAUAUGUGAACUUUUGUGUCUGGUUUCUUUCACUUAGCAUAAUGUUUUCAAGGUAUAUCCAAGCUGUAGCAUCUAUCAGCACUUCAUUCCUCUUUAGAGCUGAGUAAUAUUUUGUUUUAUCCUUUAGUCCAUUGAUGGAUAUUUGGGUUGUUUCCACUUUGGGCUAUUAUGAAUAAUGCUGAUAUAAGCAUUUGUGUACAAGUUUUUGUGUUUUCAUUUCUCUUCUUAUAUACCCAGGAAUGGAACUAUUGGGUCUUUUGGUAACUCUAGAUUUAAUCAUUUGAGGAACUGCCAUUAAACAGACUAUUUUUCAAAGCAUCUGCACUUUUACAUUCCCAUCAGCAAUGUAUGAGGGUUCUGAUUUCUCUACAUUAUCUUUUUGAUCAUAACUCUCCUAAUGGGUGGGAAGUGGUAUUUGAUGAUGGUUUUUCUUUGGGGUGGGUUUACUUUUAUAUAUUUUUAGAUGAGGCUUCUGAUACUUGGAAUUUGAGUGUCCUUACUGUUAAAAUCAGUCUCACAGAGGCUCUGUUUCUUAUAUGUGAAAUAGGAAAUGACAAUAACUUUCUUCUAGAGUGGUUUUCCCACUUUUUAAAUUAUAGUAAAAUAUAAAUAAAAUUACUAUAUUUAAGUGUGCAGUUCAGUGGCAUUAAGUACAUUCACGGUGUUGUGCAACCACCACUACCGUCCAUCUUCAAAACUUUUUCAUCUUCCUCGAGGGAAACUCUUUAUCCAUUCAACACUAACUCCCCAUAUUCACCAACCCGCCCCACUCCCACCCCAAGUGCCUGGUAGCCACCAUAAUGCUACUAUGAACAUGGGUGUACAAAUAUCUGUUCUGAGUCCCUGCUUUAAAUUCUUUUGGGUGUAUACCCCAAAGUGGAAUUCCUAGAUUAUGUGGUGAUUUUAUGUUUGAUUUUUUGAGGAACCACCGUACUGUUUUCUACAGUGGCUGUACCAUUUUACAUUCCCACCAGCAAUUACACAAGGUUUCCAGUUUCUCCACAUCCUCAUCAGCACUUGUUAUUUCCCCUUUUUCUUUUUUUCAAUAGUAGUAUUCUAAUGGAUGUGAAGUGGUAUUGUGGUUUUGAUUUGUAUUUCCCUAAUGAUUAGUGAUGUUGGGCAUCUUUUCAUGUGUUUAUUGGCCAUUUGUAUAUCUUUGGAGAAAUGUCUAUUCAAGUACUGUGCCCAUUUUUGAAUUAGGUUGUUUGAUUUUGUUGUUAAGUUGUAGAUGCUUUUUAUAAAUACUGGAUAUCAAUCCCUUAUCAGAUAUAUGAUUUGCAAAUAUCUUCUGCCAUUCCAUGGUUGCCUUUUCACUAUUUAUAGUAUCCUAUGAUGCACAAAAGUUUUUAAUUUUGAUGAAGUACAAUUUAUCUAUCUUUUCUUUUGUUUUCUGUGCUUUGGUGUCAUGUCCAAGAAAUCAUUGUUAAAUCCAUUAUCAUGAAGUAUUCCCUUCUGAGACUUAUAGUUUUAGCUCUUGGAUCCAUUUUGAGUUAACUUUUAUAUACAGGGUACAACUUAUUUUUUACAUGUUGCUUAUCCAGUUUUCCCAACAUCACUUGUUUGAAAACACUGUAUUUUCCCCAUUGAAUGGUCAUGGCACCCUUGUCUAAAACCACUUGGCCUUAUAUGUGAGAGUUUAUUUUUGGGUUCUCCAUUCUAUCCCUUCAGUCUAUUUCUCUGUCUUUAUGACUCAGUAUUGUAUGGUUUUGAUUACUAUAGCUUUCUAGUAAGUUUUGAAAUUGAGUAUGUGAGACCAUAUAAGUUUUAGAUUUUUUUUCUAUCUGCAAAAAACACCAUUGGGAUUUUGAUGAAAAUUGCUUGGAAUCUGUAGAUUGAUUUUGGGUAGUAUUGACAUAUUAAUAGUAUUAAGUCUUCCAGUGAACAGGAACAGUCUACCCUGUUCCUUCAUGAGCAGGGUACUCACUGUGCAUUUGAUGUGUAUUUUCCUGAUGACUAAUGAUAUUGAGCAUCUUUUCAUAUCCUUAUUGGCUAUUUGUAUAUCUUCCUUGGAGAAAUGCCUGUUCAGAUCCUCUGCUCAUUUGUUUGCCCUUUUUUUUUUUUUUUUUUUUGAUGCUUGCUUUUAAAGUUAAUUGACACCUGUUUGGUCCCAACACAAAAACAGCACUUGAACCACAGAAAAAGUUCAAACAAAAUAGAGAGUUAAGAAAAACAUCUCUUCCCCCAAGCUCAAUCCAAACAGUGCAAGAUGGGAAAUGGGGUUUUGGUGAUAACUUUUGUCUUUUUUUAAACAGAUAAAUCUAAUCUGGUAUAUCUUUCCACCCAGAAAUAAAGAAUUUCACAGUCUUAAUUCUCAUACAUCAUUUUGUCACAUCAUUCAAUUAAGCCUCUAGAUUAAAAAAAAAUGGAUAGCAAUUGGACUGGCCAUUGUGGAGUACAUUAUGAACACAAUGAGCUUCGCUGUAUUCUCACAUCUUUAGCCAGCAAUUGUUGGAGCUACAUACACGUCCCAGGCUGACUAGUGACUCCAGUGAACGACUCAACCACACCUACACCACAGCACACAACUCCAGUCUCUUCUUUGUCUGUUGCCCAAAGAAGCUGCUCUUUGAGGCUGUUCCUAGUGACUUGUAAUGGUGCCUCUUACAUCUUUAAAGUCCACAUUCCUUACCUUCAAGCAAAACUAAAGUAGCAGUGCAGUUUUCCCAGCACUGCUUAUUGAAGAGGCUGUCUUUUUUCCAUUGUAUUCUCUUUCCUCCUUUAUCAAAGAUAAGGUGACCAUAUGUGCAUGGGCUUAUCUCUGGGCUUUCUAUCCUGUUCCAUUGAUCUGUAUUUCUGUUUCUGUGCCAGUACCAUACUGUCUUGAUUACUGUAGCUGUGUAGUAUAGUCUGAAGUCUGGGAGCCUGAUUCCUCCAGCUCCAUUUUUCUUUCUCAAGAUUGCUUUGGCUAUUCAGGGUCUUUUGUAUUUCCAUAUAAAUUGUGCAAUUUUUUGUUCUAGUUCUGUGAAAAAUGCCAUUGGUAGUUUUAUAGGGAUUGCAUUGAAUCUGUAGAUUGCUUUGGAUAGUAUAGUCAUUUUCACAAUGUUGAUUCUUCCAAUCCAAGAACAUGGUAUAUGUCUCCAUCUGUUUGUAUCAUCUUUAAUUUCUUUCAUCAGUGUCUUAUAGUUUUCUGCAUACAGGUUUUUUGUCUCCUUAGGUAGGUUUAUUCCUAGGUAUUUUAUUUUUGUUGCAGUGGUAAACGGGAGUGUUCCCUUAAUUUCUCUUUCAUAUUUUUCAUCAUUAGUGUAUAGGAAUGCAAGAGAUUUCUGUGCAUUAAUUUUGUACCCUGCUACUCUACCAAAUUCAUUGAUUAGCUCUAGUAGUUUUCUGGUACCAUCUUUAGGAUUGUCUAUGUAUAGUAUCAUGAUAUCUGCAAACAGUGACAGCUUUACUUCUUCUUUUCCAAUUUGUAUUCCUUUUUCUUUUCUGCUUGCAGUGGCUAAAACUUCCAAAACUAUGUUGAAUAAUAGUGGUGAGAGUGGGCAACCUUGUCUUGUUCCUGAUCUUAGAGAAAAUGGUUUCAGUUUUUCACCAUUGAGAAUGAUGUUGGCUGUGAAUUUGUGAUAUAUGGCCUUUAUUAUGUUGAAGUAGGUUCCCUCUAUGUCCAUUUUCUGGAGAGUCUUUAUCAUAAAUGGGUGUUGAAUUUUGUCAGAAGCUUUUUAUGCAUUUAUUGAGAUUAUCAUAUGGUUUUUAUUCUUCAGUUUGUUAAUAUGGUGUAUCAAAUUGAUUGAUUUGUGUAUAUUGAAGAAUCCUUGCAUUCCUGGGAUAAACCCCACUUGAUCAUGGUGUAUGAUCCUUUUCAUGUGCUGUUGGAUUCUGUUUGCUAGUAUUUUGUUGAGGAGUUUUGCAUCUAUGUUCAUGAGAGAUAUUGGCCUGUAGUUUUCUUUUUUUGUGACAUCUUUGUCUGGUUUUGGUAUCAGGGUGAUAGUGGCCUUGUAGAAUGAGUUUGGGAGUAUUCCUCCUUCUGCUAUAUUUUGGAAGAGUUUGAGAAGGAUAGGUGUUAGCUCUUCUCUAAAUGUUUGAUAGAAUUUGCCUAUGAAGCCAUCUGGUCCUGGGCUUUUGUUUUUUUGGAAGAUUUUUAAUCACAGUUUCAAUUUCGUUGUGAUUUGUCUGUUUAUAUUUUCUAUAUCUUCCUGGUUCAGUCUCUGAAGGUCGUGCUUUUCUAAGAAUUUGUCCAUUUCUUCCAGGUUGUCAAUUUCAUUGGCAUAUAGUUGCUUGUAGUAAUCUCUCAUGAUCCUUUGUAUUUCUGCAGUGUCAGUUGUUACUUCUCCUUUUUCAUUUCUAAUUCUGUUGAUUUGAGUCUUCUCCCUUCUUUUCUUGAGUCUGUUAUAUGAAUUUUGUUUAUCUUCUCAAAAAACCACCUUUUAGUUUUAUUGAUCUUUGCUAUUGUUUCCUUCAUUUCUUUUUUAUUUAUUUCUGAUCUGAUCUUUAUGAUUUCUUUCACUCUGUUAACUUUGGGAUUUUUUUGUUCUUCUUUCUCUAAUUGCUUUAGGUGUAAGGUUAGGUUGUUUAUUUGAUAUUGUUCUUGUUUCUUGAGGUAGGAUUGUAUUGCUAUAAACUUUCCUCUUAGAACUGAUUUUGCUGCCUCCCAUGGGUUUUGCAUCGUCGUGUUUUCAUUGUCAUUUGUUUCUAGGUAUUUUUUAAUUUCCUCUUUGAUUUCUUCCAUGAUCUCCUUGUUAUUUAGUAGCAUAUUGUUUAGCCUCCAUGUGUUUGUAUUUCUUACAUUUCUUUUCCUGUAAUUAAUAUCUAGUCUCAUAGCAUUGUGGUUGGAAAAGAUACUUGAUACUAUUUCAAUUUUCUUAAAUUUACCAAGGUUUGAUUUGUGACCCAAGAUAUGGUCUAUCCUAGAGAAUGUACCAUGAGCACUUGAGAAGAAAUUGUACUCUGCUGUUUUUGGAUGGAAUGUCCUAUAAAUGUCAGUUAAGUCCAUCUUGUUUAAUGUGUCAUUUAAAUCUUGUGUUUCCUUAUUUAUUUUCAUUUUGGAUGAUCUGUCCAUUGGUGAGUGUGGAGUGUUAAAGUCACCUACUAUUCAGUGCAUGUUCGUGGGGAACCUGGUGCUAAGCCAUUCAUAGACGACCUGCUUCUGGGUCAGGGUUUCGUAUGUAGCAGAGCAGCUCCCUCGCUGCGAUCUAUUGAAAGUCAGCCCUUGACACAAGGGUUUGUUGAAAGGUAAUAAAAAAAAAAUUAAAGUCUCCUACUAUGAUUGUGUUACUGUCAAUUUCCUCUUUUAUGGCUGUUAGCAUUUGCCUUAUGUAUUGAGGUGCUCCUCUGUUGGGUGCAUAAAUAUUUACAAUUGUUAUAUCUUCUUCUUGGAUUGAUCCCUUGAUCAUUAUGUAGUGUCCUUCUUUGUCUCUUGUAAUAGUCCUUAUUUUAAAGUCUGUUUUGUCUGAUAUGAGAAUUGCUACUCCAGCUUUCUUUUGAUUUCCAUUUGCAUGGAAUAUCUUUUUCCAUCCCCUCACUUUCAGUCUGUAUGUGUCCCUAGGUCUGAAGUGGGUCUCUUGUAGACAGAAUAUAUAUGGAGUCUUGUUUCUGUAUCCAUUCAGCCAGUCUAUGUCUUUUGGUUUGAGCAUUUAAUCCAUUUACAUUUAAGGUAAUUAUCAAUAUGUAUGUUCCUAUUACUGUUUUCUUAAUUGUUUUGGGUUUGUUUUUGUAGGUUUUUUCCUUCUCUUAUGUUUCCUGCCUAGAGAAGUUUCUUUAGCCUUUGUCGUUAAGCUGGUUUGGUGGUGCUGAAUUCUCUUAGCUUUUGCUUGUCUGUAAAGGUUUUAAUUUCUCCGGUGAAUCUGAAUGAGAUCCUUGCUGGGUAGAGUAAUGUUGGUUGUAGGUUUUUCCCUUUCAUCACUUUAAAUGUGUGCUUCCACUCCCUUCUGGCUGGCAGAGUUUCUGCUGAAGAAUCAGCUGUUAACCUUAUGGGGAUUCCGUGUAUGUUAUUUGUUGCUUUUCCCUUACUGCUUUUAAUAUUUUUUCUUUGUAUUUAAUUUUUGAUAGUUUGAUUAAUAUGUGUCUUGGCGUGUUUCUCUUUUGGUUUAUCCUGUAUGGGACUCUCUGUGCUUCCUGGACUUGACUGACUACUUCCUUUCCCAUGUUAGGGAAGUUUUCGACUAUAAACUGUUCAAAUAUUUUCUCAGACCCUUUCUUUUUCUCUUCUUCUUCUGGGACCCCUAUAAUUUGAAUGUUGGUACGUUGAAUGUUUUCUCAGAGGUCUCUGAGACUGUCCUCGAUUCCUUUCAUUCUUUUUUCUUUAUUCUGCUCCCUGGCAGUUAUUUCCACCAUUUUAUCUUCCAGCUCACUUAUCCAUUCUUCUGCUUCGGUUAUUCUGUUAUUGAUUCCUUCUAGAGUAUUUUUAAUUUCAGUAAUUUUGUUGUUCGUCAUUGUUUGUUUGCUCUUUAGUUCUUCUAGAUCCUUGUUAAAUGUUUCUUGUGUUUUCUUCAUUCUGUUUCCGAGAUUUUGGAUCAUUUUUACUAUCAUUACUCUGAAUUCUUUUUCAGGUAAGUUGCCUAUUUCAUCUUCAUUUAUUUGGUCUUUUAGGUUUUUACCUUGCUCUUUUGUCUCUAUCAUUUUUUUUUUGUCAUUUCUUUUUUUUUUUUUUUGAUGUGUGGUGCUGUAAUCCUGUCUUACUGGUUGUUUGGCCUGAGGUGUCCAGUACUGGAGUUUGCAGGCAGUUUGAUAGAGCUGGGUCUUGGUGCUGAGACGAGCACCUCUGGGAGGCCUCACUCCAAUUGAUAUUCUGUGGGGUCUGCGGUUCUCUGUUAGUCCAGUGGUUUGGACUCAGAGUUCCCACCAGAGGAGCCCUGGCCCAACUUCUGGCCUGGGGACCAUGAUCCCACAACCUUUGUGGCACAGUAAAAAAAAAAAAAAGGAAGAAAGAAAAAAA